GGCAUUUUUGUUGAUUUAGAAAUCUGCCGGUAGAAGUGACAACCAAGAUUUGCAGAAGUGGUAAAAUUUAUUCGCACUUAUGCGUAGUUAUCAGUAUAGGUAUUCAUGUAUAUGUGUAUGUAUGUAUGUAAUCGUAUUUUAUCUUAAAUGUGUCUGCCCUCUCCACAACGCACAAUUAAAUUGGUAGAUUUGCUACUGUGACUUUAGUAUUACGCUAGACGCGGUGGCACUUAGUUGGACUAACCGAAUCACAAACAGACCAAAAAUCCGCUAACGACUACCAGAAAUACGAGUUUGAAAUGCCAGGACAAAGUGAGAAACUCAAAAUUUUAGUCACUCACCCAGAAAUUACAAAGGUUGUUAUUAACUUAUUAUCGCGAGACUAUGAAGUAAUCAUUUGCCAAAGUCUGCCGCCAACACGUUCGGAGAUUCUGGAGAAGUGCAAAGGUGUACACGCUGUAUUAUGGGCCUCAAACCUUAAGCUCGAUAAAGAAAUAAUUGAUGCCAUAGGUCCACAGCUGAAAGCGAUCUCCACUAAAUCAGCGGGCAUAGACUUUGUAGACGUGGAAGAGUUUAGGCGACGCAAGAUACCGCUGGGUCACGUACCUCAUGUUCAAAACGAUGCAGUAGCAAAUAUGGCAGUUGGCUUAUUGUUGGCAGCAGCGCGUCGUUUCCAUGAAGGACGUCUGAAGAUCGAGAGCAACAAUUGGGAGACCUACACUCUAAACUGGUUGCUGGGUCAGGAUUUGCGCGACUCGGUAGUGGGUUUCUAUGGAUUCGGUGGUAUCGCACAGGCGAUCGCCACGCGUCUGUCCGGUUUUGACAUCGAUAGUGUCCUAUACACCACACGUAGCCGUGUUUCUGAAGAAAUCGAAAAGAAGUAUAAUGCCAAGAAAGUAGACUUCGACACUAUGCUUGCUCAGAGUGAUUUCGUUAUCAUUGCUUCACCCUUAACGAAGGAGACCGCUGGUGUUUUCAAUGCCACUGCUUUUGCCAAAAUGAAGAAGACUGCCGUACUGGUGAAUAUUGCACGUGGAGGUGUUGUAAAUCAGCAAGAUUUGUAUGAGGCCUUGAAAGCAAAGCAGAUAUUCGCUGCCGGCCUGGAUGUGAUGACACCAGAACCCCUGCCAUCGAAUGAUCCCCUCUUGAGUCUGCCAAAUGUUGUGGUUAUGCCUCAUUUGGGUUCGGCUAUCAAGCGCAUACGGGACGGCAUGCCAAUUCUUGCGGCCCAAAAUAUUUUGCACGGACUUGCUGGUGAGCCCAUGCCGGCGCCCGCUUACUAAAUAUCUAGGCAACUUGUGGAAGUAUUAAAUUAAGCUUGACAUUUUAAUAUAGCCAAAUCUGUGUCAUAUAGCUGUUGUGUUGUUGUAAUGAGAUAGAAUAAAAACAUACUUCCUGACUGUAA